GUGCAUCUCCAUGUUUCUAGGAGUCCACAUGGUCCAGGAGAUGUUUUGAAACUUUUGCACCUGACAGGGGUUCUCAUCGCUUUCAGCAGAAACACCCACAGCUUUCUCGGGGUAGCUGGAAAGAUUUAUCCCUCAUCGGAUUAAGCAAAGCUUCCUAUUACGAUGGAUAAACAGUCCACGGUCAUGUUUCGAAAUGUGGGGCAACUGUACUUCCCCCAAACUCGGGUGGAGUGUCAUUACAGUCUGACGUCAGAGCAUCAGUGGAGCAGCAGUGACUGGAUUGGGAUUUUUGAGAUAGGCUGGUCUUCACUCAAACAGUACCACACGUACACAUGGGCUCUCGUUCCUGAGGGUUACACUGAGGGGACCAGUGUGGAUGGUUGUGCAGGUUUUCAGGCGUCCUACUUGCCUCGGCCCAGUGCUGCAGAGUACCAGUUUGUUUACGUGGAUAAGACAGGAGACGUGUGCGCCCGCAGUCGCUCUUUUACUUUCUGCACUCCCAAACCUCUGGAGGAGCUGGAGACGCUGAAGGAAGUAGAAGAUGAGGAGGAUGGAGGAGAGGAGCUCCUCCUGGUCAUCCCCAGGGCUCAGCUGCUCCAGAGCCGACUGGAGGAGAGCUUCAACAAACAAGCAGACCUAAAGCAAGCUUUAGAGGCAGCAAAGAAGGAGGCAGAGGCUGAAAAGGAGGGCUGCAGGAGAGCUAGGAUGGAGUGGGAGAGUGAACGAAAUGCAAUGAAUGAGGAGAUCGCGGAGCUCAGAGACAACCUGAGACAAAGCUGCGAGGGUCUGAAGAAGCUGGAGGGAAAACACAAGGAUGUGAAAUACAGUCAGGAGAAUCUGAACUCUGAGCUGAGCAAACUCAUGGCUGAAAAGGAUGAGAAGCAGCAGCAGGUCAAAGAGCUGGAGGAGGACAUCCAGGUCCUGGUGGACAGAGAGAUGGAAGCAAACAAGGACCUGGAGAGGCUGAAAGACAGAGUGAAGAAGAUGUCCAGUCAGAUGCAGCAUGACGAGGAGAAGAGGAAGUCUCUGCGGGUAGAUGAUGUCACAAAACGCACGUCUCAGGGUCCAUCGAGUCAUUCAACCAAACCUUUAAACCUGCAGGUGGAGGUGGAGGCCUCAGCAGCAGAGGUGAGAGGGCUGCAGGAGCGUCUGGAGACCAGCAACCAUAUAACUGAAAGUCUGCGUCGAGAGCUGAGAGAGCUGGGCACCAGGCAGAGCCAGACCCACGCCGAGCUGCACCAAGCCAGGCUGCAGGUAGCCCAGCUCACUCUGCAGCUGUCCGACCAGGACCUGCUCCUCAGAGAGGAGCGGGCCAACUCAGCUCUGGAGAGAGAGGCGUGCAGACAGGCAGCAGAAACGGAUAAAAAGAAAAUACAAGAUUUGAGCUGUGAGCUAAAAAAGAAGGAGGAGUGGCUGCAGGAGGAGAAGACAGAGAGAGACGCCCUGGAGGCAGAGCUCGGGAAGGAGAAGGUGCUGCUGAGUGACGCCAAGCGAGAGCUGCAGGAUCUGAUGGCUGCACUCAGAAAGCUCCAGAAGGAGAGAGAGGAGGAACAACUGCACACACAGGAUCUGCUGAACUACAUUCAUCUGUUGGAGCAGAAGUUGAAGGCUGAAACUAAAUCCAACAGCAUCUCUGCCCACCCUUCCUCUGAGAAAGACGAGGAUGCUCCAGCAGCUUCCUCCAGAUCAGUUUCCUCACCACUCUUCCUGCCCGCUCACCUGGAGGACAGAUCUGAGACUCAGAGCCUGAGCAGAGGCGACGAGCCGGCCUUGGACUCGCAGGACGAGACGACGCAGAUCAGUAAAAAUCCUGCUGGGGACGGGAAACAGCUGAUCCUGCCUGAACUUGUCAAUCCUGUUCUGAGCGAGCUGGCCGACUCUCCGAUGUGGUGACACUGGAACAGACCUGCUGCAGGGUGCUGUCAGACCUCCAUAGUUUCUUUGGUUUGCAGGAAUGAAAAUUCCUUUGUUUGGUGAAAAAUGCACUUUACAUUUUUUUUAAACUGUAGCUGACAGUUUCUAGAAGCAUCUAUGGUUUUAUUUUCAGUCGCUGUUGUCUUAAUCCCUGUAGAUCAUACAGUAACGUGAGAAAUGUUCGUUUGGCCCAAUGUUGACAUGCUUCGUGCCGUUUCGGUGCAAUUUUGGCUCCAGAGUUUUUUGCAUGAGCGCGUGACUCCUGUAACCGUGUCAAAUGUGUGGGUGUGUGUGAUCACGGUCAAGUGUGAACUGAUCUGUUUCAGCUCUCAGAGCUGCAUGUGGGACUGGGAGAACACGGAUGUUUGUCAGGAAUACUUCUCCUUCUAUUAGAGCCCUUUGUUAGGAGCAGAGUUCAUCCUAAAGAGAAACGACGUGCAAAACAAAAGAGACACCAAAAGGUCUGAGAACAAAAAGAGCUUUUAUCAAAAUACAAGAACCAACAACAAAACAUAAAAGCAAACGGUAAAAAAGCAAACGUCCUUUUAGCUUCUUAUAAAAAUGUAACCAGAACACGUGGACCCAGCUUCUUUGUGCAGCCGAGAGCAUCAAAGGUGUUUUAUUAGAGGAUCUAUGAAGACAUCCCUGAACAUGGAGACAAAGUGUUUGCAGUAAAAAGUGGAGAAAAAAAAAUAAAGUUCUGCUUCAUCAUUUUAACACACACAAAAAAAAUAAUCCAGCAAAAUAUAAAGAAAAAUGGAUCAUAAAUCAGGAGCUCCUCAGCGUCAGACUCUGUCUUUGGUCUUUUAAUUAUGUAUUUUUUAUGUUCACGUGUAAAGAGCAGAGGCCUCGGCGACCUCUUUUAAUGGCUGAUUCAUUUAUUGCACCAAGUCAAGUUCAGAAAAACAAACAGAUUCAUUACAAAUAUCCUGAUUAUUGUGUGAUGUCGAAACUUCGCUAAAUAUUUGACAUUAAGAGCAGAAAAGAGCUGAAAAUUACAAGUGAGACAGACGAAGGCUGAGACUUUUAAGUUCCACAAAAACUAAAACUUUUUGGGUUGGAUGAAAGUAAAACGCAGACUUGACCCAAAAAUGAUUUUAAACUAGACAUAUUUUACGUGUUCAAGCUUGUUUUUGUGUAAUCUUUCUAUAAAAACGAUAUAAUCUCUAGUUUUGUUACAGCACCGCUCACUGAGCUCACACGCUGGGAUCUGCGGACCCACAACCAAACUGACAGGCCUUUUAAUUAAGAGUGAUGACAACAUGGAUUGAUAUUUAUCAGUUUAUCUCCUGUAAUCAUUUUUUUAAAUAAAACGAAAACCUCUGUUUUA